CUACAACCUUACUGGCUUGUUACUAGAAACUGCCGUACCAGGACGCUCACUGGCGUAGCCUGGUGGUUUGCUUGCAUCUUUUUCCUGUAUAUCUAUCUAUCUAUAAUAAAAGCUUGCUUUUCAUGGCGUCUUCUUCUCCACAUCACAUAUUUUUCAAUCAUUAUAAUACCAUGCCCACGGGCCACAAAUGCUUUCGCCUUGUUAACCUUAUCUUUAGUCAUCAAUGUCCUCACCCUGCCACUAACCUCGGCUUCCACAAACACAUUUACUGUAGGUGCAAAAUAUUUGUAUCCAGAAAUCCUUAAAGAAGAGGCGGUGGAGAGACUUAUUGAGCUUGGCAAGGUAAGUGAUGCACAUGAAUUUCUCGAGAGAACUUUCCAAAGUCCAGCUUCUGUCAGAGCAGGAGACUUUAUUCGAGAGUUGAUGGAUGAUGUUGGUUUGAGAACGUGGGUAGACCAAAUGGGCAACGUGCAUGGUAGAAUUAAAGGGAUGAAUCCAAGUGAGAAGGCUUUGUUAAUUGGCUCUCAUUUGGACACUGUUAUCGAUGCUGGAAUGUAUGAUGGUGCACUGGGAAUCAUUACUGCGAUAUCUGCAUUGAAGGUGUUGAAUAGCACUGGAAGACUUGGAGGACUCAGGCGGCCAGUUGAGGUUAUUGCAUUUAGUGACGAGGAAGGAGUUAGAUUUCAAUCUACUUUCUUAGGAAGCGCAGAGAUUUCUGGCGCGUUAUCUGUUUCGACAUUGCAUGUGCAGGAUAAGAGUGGUGUCACAGUGCAAGAUGCUUUGAAAAUAAACUCCAUUGAUGCUACAGAGGAAAACCUUUUGCAGCUCAAAUAUGAUCCUAAAUCUGUCUGGGGUUAUAUUGAGGUUCACAUUGAACAGGGACCUGUACUAGAAACUGCAGGUUUUCCUCUUGGUGUGGUAAACGGAAUUGCAGGGCAGACACGGCUAAGGUUAACUAAGCAUUUAUAUCAUAUAGUGAUCGUAAAAGGUUCACAGGGGCAUGCAGGAACAGUCCCCAUGAAAUUGCGUCAAGAUCCAAUGGCUGCUGCUGCAGAAUUAAUCGUGUUGUUGGAAAGUCUCUGUAAACAACCUGAGGAUUAUCUAUCCUAUGAUGGUCAGUGCGCGGAUUCUACUGUCCAAUCUCUUGCAGGAUCUCUUGUUUGUACUGUUGGAGAAAUAUCAACCUGGCCAAGUGCAAGUAAUGUGAUUCCCGGCCAGGCAAGUAUUCAGUGACCUUUACCGACCUUUACCGUUGACAUACGGGCAAUGGAUGACCUAGGACGAGAAGCUAUUAUUUAUGAAUUGUCUAACAAGAUGUACCAAAUAUGUGAAAGGCGUUCGGUUUUUUGUCAUAUAGACCGUAAGCAUGACGCCAAUGCAGUGAUCUGCGAUCAGGGACUGAGUUCAGAGCUAAAAUCUGCUGCUUAUGCUGCUCUGAAAAGAUUAACAGGCGAGAAUCUAGACAAUGUGCCUAUGUUCAUGAAUGGAGCUGGACAUGAUGCAAUGGUCAUGUCUCAUCUAACUAAGGUUGCCAUGUUAUUUGUUCGUUGUCGCGGUGGUAUUAGUCAUUCCCCGGCCGAGCACGUGUCAGACGAUGAUAUUUGGACAGCUGGUUUAGCAGUCCUAGCAUUCUUGGAAACUCUCAUAUAAACUAGUUGCUGUGUUUUAUGAUCCUCAAAAUAUCAGCUUCUUAUCUCAUGAAAAAUGUAUAUUCACCAUGCCAAAUUCAUUGUCGAUCUCUUAAGAGCUGUUUGGUAUUUUGAAUUACAAAUUGGUUCAACUUGUUUA